AUGGAACCAUCCGCGUCCGGUUCAGGAGAAUCGCAAACUCAAAAAAGAAGUGUUAUUUGGAUGCAUUUCACCAAUAUAUCGGAAGCUAAUGCAAAGUCUAAUCUUUGUAAAAAUAUUUAUUCGCAUAAAAAUGGAAAUAUUAGCAAUUUAAGGAAGCAUUUGAAAACUAAACAUCCGACUCUUUCAUUGGAAGGAGAAAGGGCAAAACGGCGGGUGGAAGACGAAAAUAUGCCUAGGUGCAAAAGGAACUUAGUUUCAGCAAGUAGUCAGCAGUACACAGAGAGUGUGGAAGAUAUUCCUGAACUGAAUAAAAUUACAACUAUUCUCAUUCAUCAUUUUUGGAUGGCGAUGGCAACCAAUUUUGUUACUCUGGGUGAACUCUGGUCCAGCCACGUUGAAAUGGAGGAAGAAGAUGAAGCGAUAUUUUCCAGAAUCAAGGUCUUAAUAGAGAACCAUCUGCCAGACGGCUGGAGAGACUGGAAGGUGAUUGACUGGAAGAAAGAAGAUCUAUUUGGGAAAAAGAUAGACCACAAAGUAUUGAACAAAAUUCGCUUCGCCCUCCCCACAUUGGAACUGGUGAAAGCGUUCUACCCAGAAGCAACAUCGGUGGGAGAGAAAACCUACCGAAAUAUAAAAUUGAGGCUUCUCGACUGGAACCUCUGUAGAGCAUUGAUCAUGAGCCCACGGCAGGUAGCGUGUCAGUUACGAGGAUCUAUGGCUCAAGCGGAGCUCUUUAAUAAGGCGGUGGAACCACUUAAACAUACUAUGCGUUCCAGAGAGCUGACGUCGGAGGUCUAA